AUGUUGAAAUUAAGCACGUUCACCACGGAUUCGGCGAGCCAAUUGGAUAUCCUUGGGGGUCUCUUCCCAGAAGAAUUGAAGGAUCAUCCCUUAUGGUGGCAUGGUCCACAAUGGCUGACCAAACAUUCUGCUAGUUGGCCAGAAUCAAGGCCCGUUUUGUCUCAAGAUAUGGACCUUGAGUGGAGUAAGAAAGUUACUCAUCAUACUAUGAAGCAGGCUAAGCAACCCUUCGACCUAGCUAAUAGGUUUUCGUCUUGGCCAAAAUUGUUGAGAGUGACCGCCUAUUGUCUUCGAUUUUUUACAGCUUUCAUGAUUCAGCAAGCUUCCUUGUAUUGGAUCAGGAGAAUUCAAAAGGAGAACUUCGAACCUGAGUUUUACGAUGAAAAGCAUCCUAUUAUAUUGCCGCGUCAUCGAAUAAGUGAGCUUAUCGCUCAUCAAGCACACAUUAGAUCAUUGCAUGGUGGUACGCAACUUACUUUACGCACGUUACGCCAGGGAUUUUGGGUGUUAGGAGCUCGCACGCUUGUCAAGAGAUUGAUUUAUGUCUGUGUUUUAUGCGUGCGUCAGCGAGCUACUCUUUCUCAACAGCUGAUGGGUAGUCUUCCGAAUUUUCGGACCACUCCAAGUCGACCCUUUACACAUACUGAGGUUGACUAUGCGGGUCCUUUCAACGUACGCGUAUCACCGGGGAGAGGGCAAAAGAGUUACAAGAGUUACGUAGCCUUAUUCGUCUGCUGCGUGACUCGAGCCAUACAUUUGGAACUUGUUUCAAAUUACUCCUGUGAAGCUUUUCUAGCAGCUUGCCAUCGCUUUACAAAUCGUCGUGGAUUACCAGCUCACAUGUACAGUGACAAAGGUACCACAUUUCAGGGAGCUGGAAGAGAAUUGCGUAAUUGCCUUUUAAAUCUAAAUAAAGAUUUAAACUUGCAGAAUCAACUCGCCAGCCAAGGAAGUACUUGGCAUUUCAUUCCGCCUUCUUCACCCCAUUUUGGGGGAAUGUGGGAGGCUGGAGUGAAGAGCUUCAAGCAUCACUUUCACCGAAUACGCCGAUAUAAGUGGACUCGUGAACAAUCUAACCUUAAGAUUGAUGACUUAGUAUUGAUGCACAAUGAUGGUCUCCCUCCAACUAAAUGGUCGCUUGCUCGCCGUAUUUCUGGCUUAAUCUACGAAGAAACCCGAGGUGUCUUAAAGGUGUUCCUUGAAAAUGUCAUCCGCGACGCGGUCACCUAUACCGAGCAUGCAAAGAGGAAGACUGUCACUGCCAUGGACGUCGUCUAUGCUCUGAAACGUCAAGGACGUACGCUUUACGGAUUCGGCGGUUAA